AUGAACCACCAGCAGCAGCAGCAGCAGCAGCAGCAGCAGCAGCAGAAAGCGGGCGAGCAGCAGCUCAGCGAGCCCGAGGACAUGGAGAUGGAAGCUGGAGAUACAGAUGACCCACCGAGAAUUACCCAAAACCCUGUUAUCAACGGGAAUGUGGCCAUGAGUGACGGGCACAGUAACACGGAGGAGGACAUGGAGGACGACACGAGUUGGCGCUCCGAGGCAACCUUUCAGUUCACUGUCGAGCGCUUCAGCAGACUGAGUGAGUCGGUCCUUAGCCCUCCGUGUUUUGUGCGAAAUCUGCCGUGGAAGAUUAUGGUGAUGCCACGCUUUUAUCCAGACAGACCACACCAAAAAAGCGUAGGAUUCUUUCUCCAGUGCAAUGCUGAAUCUGAUUCCACGUCCUGGUCCUGCCAUGCGCAGGCGGUGCUGAAGAUCAUCAACUACAGAGACGACGAGAAAUCCUUCAGCCGGCGCAUCAGCCACUUGUUCUUCCACAAGGAGAACGACUGGGGCUUUUCCAAUUUCAUGGCCUGGAGUGAAGUGACUGAUCCUGAGAAAGGAUUUAUUGAUGAUGACAAAGUUACGUUUGAAGUCUUUGUGCAGGCGGAUGCCCCCCAUGGAGUUGCGUGGGACUCAAAGAAGCACACGGGCUACGUCGGCUUAAAGAAUCAGGGAGCGACUUGCUACAUGAACAGCCUGCUGCAGACUUUAUUUUUCACAAACCAGCUACGCAAGGCUGUGUACAUGAUGCCAACAGAGGGCGACGAUUCAUCCAAAAGUGUCCCUUUAGCGUUGCAGAGAGUGUUCUACGAGUUACAGCACAGCGAUAAGCCCGUAGGAACAAAGAAGCUGACCAAGUCAUUCGGGUGGGAAACGUUAGAUAGCUUCAUGCAACACGAUGUUCAAGAGCUCUGUCGAGUGUUGCUUGAUAAUGUGGAAAACAAGAUGAAAGGCACGUGUGUAGAAGGCACCAUACCUAAAUUAUUCAGAGGCAAGAUGGUGUCUUACAUCCAGUGUAAAGAGGUAGACUACCGGUCCGAUAGAAGAGAAGAUUAUUACGACAUCCAGCUAAGCAUAAAAGGGAAGAAAAACAUAUUUGAAUCAUUUGUGGACUAUGUGGCGGUAGAACAGCUGGACGGUGACAAUAAAUACGACGCCGGAGAGCACGGCCUGCAGGAGGCAGAAAAAGGAGUGAAAUUCCUGACAUUGCCACCAGUGUUACAUCUGCAACUGAUGCGAUUUAUGUAUGAUCCUCAGACGGACCAAAACAUCAAGAUCAAUGAUAGGUUUGAAUUUCCUGAACAGUUACCACUUGAUGAAUUUUUGCAAAAAACUGAUCCUAAAGACCCUGCAAAUUACAUUCUUCAUGCGGUCCUGGUUCACAGUGGAGAUAAUCAUGGUGGACAUUAUGUGGUUUAUCUCAACCCCAAAGGGGAUGGCAAAUGGUGUAAGUUUGACGACGACGUGGUGUCCAGGUGCACGAAGGAGGAGGCCAUCGAGCACAACUACGGAGGCCACGACGACGACCUGUCCGUGCGGCACUGCACCAACGCCUACAUGCUGGUCUACAUCCGCGAGUCUAAGCUCAGUGAGGUGUUACAAGCUGUCACCGACCAGGACAUCCCUCAGCAGUUGGUGGAACGAUUGCAGGAGGAGAAGAGGAUUGAAGCGCAGAAGCGGAAGGAGCGGCAGGAGGCCCAUCUCUACAUGCAAGUGCAGAUCGUCGCAGAGGACCAGUUUUGUGGCCAUCAAGGGAACGAUAUGUAUGAUGAAGAAAAAGUGAGAUACACUGUGUUCAAAGUGCUGAAAAACUCCUCGCUUUCGGAGUUUGUCCAGAACCUCUCUCAGACCAUGGGGUUCCCGCAAGAUCAGAUUCGGUUGUGGCCCAUGCAGGCGAGGAGCAACGGCACCAAGCGGCCGGCCAUGCUGGACAACGAGGCCGACGGCAGCAAGACGAUGAUUGAGCUCAGUGAUAAUGAAAACCCCUGGACGAUAUUCCUGGAAACAGUUGAUCCGGAGCUAGCUGCUAGUGGAGCCACGCUACCCAAGUUUGAUAAAGAUCAUGAUGUGAUGUUAUUUUUGAAGAUGUACGAUCCCAAAACACGGAGCUUGAAUUACUGUGGGCAUAUCUACACACCAAUAUCCUGUAAAAUACGUGACUUGCUCCCGGUUAUGUGUGACAGAGCAGGAUUUAUCCAGGAUACUAGCCUUAUCCUCUAUGAGGAAGUUAAACCGAAUUUAACAGAGAGAAUUCAGGACUAUGAUGUGUCUCUUGACAAAGCCCUUGAUGAGCUAAUGGAUGGUGACAUUAUAGUGUUUCAGAAGGAUGACCCCGAAAAUGAUAAUAGUGAAUUGCCCACUGCAAAGGAAUACUUCCGGGACCUCUACCACCGUGUCGAUGUGAUUUUCUGUGAUAAAACGAUCCCCAACGAUCCUGGAUUCGUGGUGACACUGUCAAAUAGGAUGAAUUAUUUCCAGGUAGCAAAGACGGUCGCUCAGAGGCUCAACACCGACCCGAUGCUGCUGCAGUUCUUCAAGUCUCAAGGUUACAGGGAUGGCCCAGGUAAUCCUCUUAGGCAUAAUUAUGAAGGUACUUUAAGAGAUCUGCUGCAGUUCUUCAAGCCCAGACAACCUAAGAAACUGUACUACCAGCAGCUUAAGAUGAAAAUCACAGACUUUGAGAACAGGCGAAGUUUUAAGUGUAUAUGGUUAAACAGCCAGUUUAGGGAAGAGGAAAUAACACUAUAUCCAGACAAGCAUGGGUGUGUCCGGGACCUGUUAGAGGAAUGUAAAAAGGCUGUGGAGCUCGGCGAAAAAGCAUCAGGGAAACUUAGGCUGCUAGAAAUUGUAAGCUACAAAAUUAUUGGUGUGCAUCAAGAAGAUGAACUAUUAGAAUGUUUAUCUCCUGCAACGAGUCGAACGUUUCGAAUAGAGGAAAUACCUUUGGACCAGGUAGAUAUCGACAAGGAGAACGAGAUGCUCAUCACGGUGGCUCAUUUCCACAAGGAGGUGUUUGGGACGUUUGGGAUCCCGUUCUUGCUGAGGAUACACCAGGGCGAGCAUUUCAGAGAAGUGAUGAAGCGGAUUCAGAGUCUGCUGGACAUCCAGGAAAAGGAGUUUGAAAAGUUUAAAUUUGCAAUUGUGAUGAUGGGCCGACAUCAGUACAUAAACGAAGAUGAGUAUGAAGUAAACUUGAAAGACUUUGAACCUCAGCCUGGUAACAUGUCUCACCCUCGGCCGUGGCUCGGGCUCGACCACUUCAACAAAGCCCCGAAGAGGAGUCGCUACACAUACCUUGAAAAGGCCAUCAAAAUCCAUAACUGA